CUAGAUCUGCAACACUUCUAAUCUUAAGACGCUAGCGUCUAGCUUUUUUUUUUUCUAAAAUGGGGAGUACCAUUUCCAUGGCCCUCCUCUUGGUCUUUGCAGUCCUGUUGCUCAACGCCCAUCUCGGGUCGUGCGGCUGCUUCAAGCGCAUCUUUGCAUUCGGCGAUUCCAUCAUCGACACGGGCAACUUCCGCUCAGCGCAAGCGUUGGGCCUGCCACUGCUGCCGCCGAGCGGGCCUGAGGAGAAGACGGGGAAGUUCCCGACCGGUGCCAACUUCGCCGUGUUAGGCUCUAUUGCCCUGAGCCCGGACUACUACAGUAAAAGGUAUAACUUUAGUAUGUCCCACUGGUGCCUCGACUGGGAGCUCGGUUCUUUCAAGACAGUGCUCGCACGGAUAGCUCCUGGAAAAGCUGCCACCAAACGUCUCCUCAGCGAGUCCCUCAUCGUCUUUGGAGAGAUCGGUGGCAACGACUAUAACUUAUGGUUCUACGAUCGCCAGCGCAGUCGUGACACGCCCUAUAAGUUCAUGCCCGACGUGAUCGCCCGCAUAGGCUCCGGGGUCCAGGAGGUGAUCAACCUUGGUGCCAAGACGAUCCUUGUUCCUGGCAACUUCCCCAUCGGGUGCGUCCCGGUUUACCUGAGUGGGCACAAGACAAACAAGUCCACUGACUAUGACCAAUUCGGCUGCCUCAAGUGGUAUAACAAGUUCUCUCAGAAGCACAACCAACUGUUGAGGCAGGAGGUUGGCCGGCUUAGGUCUCGCAACCCUGGCGUGAAGGUCAUCUACACCGACUACUAUGGCGCCGCCAUGGAGUUUGUCAGGAACCCCAAGAUGCAUGGCAUCGACGACCCCCUGGUGGCGUGUUGUGGUGGCAACGGCCCCUACGACACCGGCCAUGGGUGCGACCAGAACGCGAAGGUUUGCCGUGACCCGUCCAGGUUCGCCAACUGGGACCAGGUUCACAUGACCGAGAAGGCAUACAGUGUCAUCGCCAAUGGGGUGCUCAACGGCCCGUAUGCGGACAUUCCGUUGCUCCACGCUUGCCAGGAGAAUUUCCUUUCAAGACUUGAAGAAAUGUUGUUGCAACCAAGAUCUGUUACACGCUAGCUUCUUGGAAUUUUAAAUCUUGCAUCACCAUCUCAAUUGGUCAUGAAUGAAAUGGUUGGAUCUGUUGCUGGAAUUUGGUCUGUUUUGGGCCAGCUCAAUAGCCAUUCUCAGAAUUCCUAAUAAAUCGUACCUCAUUCC